UCAUUCUUCGACAUUAGCCCAACAGGAGAAGCAGCCAAGAUGGAUCUCGGAUGCACUAUGGGACUGAGCAACACUCUCUUUGUGAUGACCUUCCUGCUCUCUGUCUCCACCUUUCCUUUUUUAGGUGCUGCUUCGAUAAAGAGCCAAGCGUAUUUCAACCAGACUGGAGAACUGCCAUGCCUCUUUCCAAACUCGCAAAACAUAAGCCUGGAUGAGCUGGUACUAUUUUGGCAGAACCAGGAUAAGUUGGUUCUGUAUGAGCUAUACUUAGGCAAAGAGAACCCUGACAAUGUUCAUCCCAAGUAUAAAGGCCGCACAAGCUUUGACCGGGACAGUUGGACCCUGAAACUCCACAAUGUUCAGAUCCAGGACAAGGGCUUGUAUCAAUGUUACAUCCAUCAUAAAGGGCCCAAAGGACUGGUUCCCGCCCACCAGAUGAGUUCUGAUCUAUCAGUGCUUGCUAACUUCAGUCAACCUGAAAUAAUGCUAAUUUCUAAUAGAACAGAAAAUUCUGACAUCAUAAAUUUGACCUGCUCAUCUACCCAAGGUUACCCAGAACCUAAGAAGAUGUAUUUUUCAGUAAUAACUGAGAAUUCAACGAUUGAAUAUGAUGCUGUCAUGAAUAAAUCUCAAAAUAAUAUCACAGAACUGUACAACGUUUCUAUCAGCUUGUCUUAUUCAUUCCAUCCUGAAACAAACAAUGUGAGCAUCUUGUGUGUCCUGCAGCCUGAGCCAAUGGAGACACUGCUUCUCUCUCCACCUUACAAUAUAGGUACAAAGCCACGUGAGAAAGCCCAGCAUGAACAAGACCACAUCCGCUGGAUUACAGCUCUACUUCUCAUAUUGAUCGUUGUGUGUGGGAUGGUGUUGCUUUUAACACGAAGGAAAUGGAAGAAGAAGCAGCCUGGCCCCUCUCAUGAGUGUGUCUCUUUCAGAAACCAUCAGAGUGGAGGAGAAAGAGAGUGAACAGACUGAGGAAAGAGUAGAAAAUCCUGAAAUAUCCGCUGAAGUUCAGUGUGGUGUUAAUAUUUUGAAGACGACUUCAGGCGACUAAAGUACUGCACAUUUUUAAUUAAAGAGUAAAAUUCGUAUGACUAUC